AUGCACGACCCCUUCCCUCUUGCCUGCCCUGAGUAUGUCCUCAAACAUGUCGAACCCCUCGCCGACUUUCUGCACCUGCGCACGCUUCCUUUGCACUUCCACGAAGUAGCUCUUGCAUACGCGCUCUACCACAUCACCAACAAAUACGUCUCGCCCGCGCUAAGCCGCUACUUCUUCCCGCGCAUCUACCCUGCCUUCAACGCGCGCACCAAGCUCAACUGGGACGUGCACAUUGUGUCCUUUGUGCAGUCCACCAUCAUAUGUGGUCUUGCGUUGUGGGUGAUCUGGAAGGACGAGGAGAGAAGUGCCAUGGGAGAGGUGGAGAGGGUGCACGGAUAUACGGGCGGCGGCGGGCUGAUUCAGGCGUUUGCGGGAGGUUACUUCCUGUGGGACUUGGUGAUCACGGUGCAGAAUGUGAGGAUCUUUGGAGUGGGCAUGCUGUUUCAUGCUAUGAGUGCGCUCUGCGUGUUUAGUCUGGGCUUCCGCCCCUUCGUAAACUUCUACGCCCCGACGUUCAUCCUUUACGAGCUUUCCUCUCCCUUCCUCAACAUCCACUGGUUCUGCGACAAACUCAACCUCACCGGCUCUAAGCUCCAACUGAUAAACGGCGUCCUGCUCCUCCUGACAUUCAUGUCCUGCCGCCUCUUCUGGGGCUCGUACCAGUCCAUCCGCGUCUUCAAUGACGUCUGGGCCGCAUACAACGCCGGUCCCGUCACCUUUCUCGAUCCAGGCAUCAAGAGCUUCGACAACGCCACCGCUAUCGAUGCGGGCGCGACCGAGCGAACAGACAUCUUGCAAUUUGCAGACGGGCAGGCUGUACCGCUGUGGUUGGCAUUCGCAUACCUAGCCUCGAACCUCGUCCUCAACGGCCUGAACUGGUUCUGGUUUGCCAAGAUGAUCGAAACGCUGCGCAAGCGCUUCGACCCACCGCUUGGCACGAGACGCGCCGAGAAGCCAUCGCACAUCAAUAUCCCCGAGAACGAGAAGGUGAUGAUUGAGGGCAUUCAUGUUGGAACGCCGGGCGUCGGGCCCGAGGGCGUGCUUGUGCCGGAGCACUUUGGAAUCAACGGGGAAGGCGAGGUUAUCAAGGUCGAGAAGAAGACGACGCAUCUGGAGGUCGAGGGGAGGGAGGUCAGGAGCCGGACUAGCACACGGAAGAGAGGGUGA